AGUGAAAAGCCCCAGUCCAGCCCAGACACUGAGAAAUGUCUAACUCUAUCUCUGAGAUUUCUAUAGAGCAGAGGGGGGAGUAGAGCAGAGCAGGAGGCCCUCUCACCGCCUACAUAGAGCAGAGGGGGAGUAGAGCAGAGCAGCAGGCCCUCCCACCGCCUAUAAAGGACAGCCAUACGGAGACACUCAGACAGAAAUCAGACGUGUAUCUGUGUAGAGGCAGAGGGAGGCUAACAUCACACUGAGGGGAACUCAGAGGAAACAGACGCUCACAAUAUAACAGCCAGCCAGGAGUGAAGGAGGGGUCCACCGUGAGAGAGACAGACAGACAGAGAAAGAGAGAGAGGUGAGAGAGUGAGACAGAGAAAGAGAGAGAAAGAGGAAGAGAGAAGGGGAGAGAGAGAGAGAGAGAGAGAGAGAGAGAGAGGGGAGAGAGGUGAGAGAGAUAGGUGAGAGAAGCCGAGAAAGAGAGAGAUAUCAAAGAGUGAUUUAAUCUGAGUGUCUUGAUCUCUUUUGUCCUCAUGUUCAAGGAUUAAGUAGAGGAUCUACAGUACUGGGGGGAUCUGGUCUUUCUGCAGGUCUCUAUAUGAGAGAGGAGUCUCCCACCUGUCUUGUAGAUCUGGACUGAUGUCUUUUACGAUGGUGCGUACGGCUCCCCCAAGCCGCUUCCUCUUCUCCGACAUCAGCAUGAUGUCAGAGGACGAGGAGGAGGAGAACGGCGGCAGCGAGAGCUCGGGCUCCGACUCCCAGAAGUCCUCCUUCCGUCUCCACGGCGGCUCCAAUGGGUUUCAGAUCAAGGUGGGAAGCAGGAAGAGGAAGUUAUGCGGAGUUGCCGGCAGGCUGGCGGGGCCCCCGAUGGUGGCAGGGGCCCCGGUGGUGGAGGUGCGGCAGCGGAACGUGGCAAACGCUCGAGAGAGGGACCGCACCAACAGCGUGAACACGGCCUUCACUGCUCUGAGGACCCUCAUCCCCACCGAGCCAGCCGACAGGAAGCUGUCCAAGAUCGAGACUCUGCGGCUGGCGUCCAGCUACAUCUCCCACCUGGGUAAUGUGCUGCUGGUGGGCGAGGCGUGUGGGGAUGGGCAGCCGUGCCACACCUCCACACCCCCAUUCCACCACCACACCCUCCACAGUCUCAGCCCCUCGCCCGGCCGGGGCUCAGAGAACCAGCCCAAACACAUCUGUACUUUCUGCCUCAGCAAGCAGAGGAAAAUGAACAAAGACAGAGACAGAAAAACAACUGUAAGAAGAUAACGCCUGAAGGACAGAAACAUCCAGAGGAUAAAUAUCCAACGCUUUUGUGAAGCAUCAGUUCAAUUAGCCUAUUCUUCAAAUGAAUAUUUACAGUUGUGUACUUAAUAAGAAUACAAUAUUUGUAUAUAUAUAUAUAUAUAUAUAUAUUUUGAAAGCACAAUGGUUUAUUUAAGACCAUGGAGGAUUUGAUAUGUCUGUUAAGGGAUGAUGUGGCAGCAAAAAGUCCAUGUAACUUGGGAUGAUAAUUAGACUCAUGACCAUUUAGUUAAUAUCUAUCCUUAAACUACUGGACAUUAUAAUGAACAGGCAGAGGAGGACAGCUCUCUCAACGGCUGCGGCCCAAAUGGCACUCUAUUCCCUAUAUUGUGCACUACUUGCGCUCUGGAAACACAAAUGACUCGUUACUGAACCUUCCACGGACUUCAGAGCACCCAAAUAUGACAUAACGCAACUCUAGAACCCUCCCUGGACUGUAUGCCCUUCACUCUCAUCAAUACGUGCUGAAUUUUCGUGUUAUUGAUGUUAAACAUGUUGUGCUAUUAUGCUCAUGGAUCUGAAGUGUACUGGCUGAAUCAUGGGAGAAAGGCAAUCCUUUAGGAAGAAUCAGCAGUAGUUCAGUACCAUGCAAACCCCGACAUCCCCCACCCUUUCAUCAAUUACCAAUCAGAUGGAUUGAUAAAGCUAGUUUUUUUUUACGUCAACAGUUGUUACAGAGUGCUUUCAGAAGCACAAGCAGAAGCACAGCCCUCAGCCUCAGACAGUGGUGAUGGUGACUGGCAGAGCAGAGGAUCAGAUCCUAGAUUACAUCUGCAGGUAGAGCUCUGGAAGUCUGCCUGUCCCGUCCCCUGACUGUCCUCUCGUUUACCUUUGGAAUUCCAUGUGCUCCCUCCGUCUCUCCUCCUCUUCUCCUGCGUUCUUCCUUCUUUUUCCCAGGAGCGCUACUGACUCACAGGCUCUGUUCUGAUGGCUUUACAAUGUGUGCAGGGUUCACUCAGAUUGCCCUCUGUCCUGCAUCUAUGCUGCUUCCUUUUCUAUCCGCCAUCCGUGGCCCCUGUUUGAAGAAGAAAAAGAGGUCCACUUUAUUGUGCUAUAUACAUGGAUGUCCAACUGCUCCUUGUCUUGUGCUUUUUGUCCGACCCCUCCAAAGACUCACACACACAUACUGUGGUUUGAGAGCUUUGACAGAUUUCAGUCCACCUCCUGAAAUAUCAUCAAGAUCUUUUCAGAAAUAAUUGAACAUUUGGAAUACUGGACCAAUGUUGUGUAUUGUUUAUGUAUUUUUGAGACAUUUACUGUUUAUGUAUUGUUCGAUAAAAAUAUGUUUUAUGCUAAUGCUCCUUUUCGUGUUGUAUCAUGUGGUCUUCGGAUCACAGUCAGUGCAAAUCUUUCAAGUCAAAUAUCUUUUGUGUUGCCAUAGUAGCUGGGUGGCUAGAUUGUCUGAACUGCUUGUGUGGAGCAGCUUCCUGGAACACUCCCACCAUUCCCAGACCCCACACCAAACCUCUCAGAUCAUCACCAGUGACAUCAGCUAAGAAAACAGUCCAUAAGGACAUCUGGUUUGGGUUGAUGAUACUCUCUCUGCCCAAUGGGAACCCGGUGACCUGUGGACAGUUUAAUCAGACCAUAUAACCCACAUCUUUCCCCUUCUCUUUACUUAAUCUAUCAUCCAAAAACAACAAACAGUCAUCUGUCUGCCCCUGGACUAGUGGAAAGAACCCCUAACUAGACUAGACCACCGGUGACAGACAGUGUUAAUGGGUUAUUAGGACCAGCAGUGAUGCUGCUGGAGUGACAAACACUGUUAAUGGAUUAUUAGGACGAGCAGUGAUGCUGCUGAAGUGACAGACAGUGUUAAUGGGUUAUUAGGACCACCGGUGAUGCUGCUGGAGUGACAGACAGUGUUAAUGGGUUAUUAGGACCACCAGUGAUGCUGCUGGAGUGACAGACAGUGUUAAUGGGUUAUUAGGACCACCGGUGAUGCUGCUGGAGUGACAGACAGUGUUAAUGGGUUAUUAGGACCACCAGUGAUGCUGCUGGAGUGACAGACAGUGUUAAUGGGUUAUUAGGACCACCGGUGACAAACAGUGUUAAUGGGUUAUUAGGACCACCAGUGAUGCUGCUGGAGUGACAGAUGCUGUUAAUGGGUUAUUAGGACCACCAGUGAUGCUGCUGGAGUGACAGAUGCUGUUAAUGGGUUAUUAGGACCACCAGUGAUGCUGCUGGAGUGACAGACGGUGUUAAUGGGUUAUUAGGACCACCAGUGAUGCUGCUGGAGUGACAGACGGUGUUAAUGGGUUAUUAGGACCACCAGUGAUGCUGCUGGAGUGACAGACGGUGUUAAUGGGUUAUUAGGACCACCAGUGAUGCUGCUGGAGUGACAGAUGCUGUUAAUGGGUUAUUAGGACCAGCAGUGAUGCUGCUGGAGUGACAGACAGUGUUAAUGGGUUAUUAGGACCAGCGGUGAUGCUGCUGGAGUGACAGACGGUGUUAAUGGGUUAUUAGGACCACCGGUGAUGCUGCUGGAGUGACAGAAACUGUUAAUGGGUUAUUAGGACCACCGGUGAUGCUGCUGGAGUGAUAGACAGUAAAAAUGACUGAACAUACUGUUGACGUAUGCUCUUAUGUCAACUAUUAAUUACAACUGCUACUGUACAGUCUGCCUGACAACUUAUGUCAUUGUUAUUACAUACUACAUAAGAGUCUACAUACCAGAUGUUAUAGCAGGGUGUUAUCAUUUACCAACCUCUCUGUCACAGUGAAUGGAAAGAUGGGCAUCAUAACCAUGUCAUAUGCCCUUAUAGAGUGUGCAUAGACACCUUAAGUAAAGUGACAUUAGGUGUUAUCAAACUAUUAAUGUGCUUAUACCACAGAAUGAGUUGAUAGUAUCACAAAACAUUACCAUUCAAAGGAUCUCCAAGAAACAUGAGCAAAUGGGAGCAUAGAUGUACUUACUCACAGUAAUACAAACAAGGGCCACACAGAGUGAUCCUUGGUAGUCUUAAGAAAAUCUACUUUGAAACAAAGUAUACACCUCACACACAUG